GCAGGUGGCCAGGGGGCAGGUCAGGGAGGCCCAUUGGGCCUCGGCUUCAGGGCCAGGUUGGGCAUAAAGGCGGGUCCCGUGGGCCGGGGCAGGCAGACUCGGGGACCAUGGGCACCCAGAGGGACAGCCCCUCCUGGCAGGGGCCGCCCCUGCUGUUCCUGCUGCUGGGCCUGGCGGUCCCUCCGGCCACGGCCCAGGCCUUCAGCUACAGGGAGGCCGUGCUGCGCACUGUGGAGGGCUUCAACCAGCGGUCCUCAGAGCCCAACCUCUACCGCCUCCUCCAGCUGGAUCCACUGCCCGAGGACGAUGAGGACCAGGGUGCUGUGAAGCCUGUGAGCUUCACGCUGAAGGAGACUGUGUGUCCCCGCACAUCACAGCAGCCGCCGGAGCAGUGUGACUUUAAGGAGAACGGGCUGGUGAAACAGUGCCUGGGUACAAUCAUCCUAGACCCCGACGAGGGCUACUUCGACAUCAGCUGUGAUGAGCCCCUGCGUACCAAGAGAUUUCGCAAGCUGGGUAAUCUCCUCCAGAAAGGUGGGGAGAAGAUUGGCCAGAAAAUUGAGAGAAUUGGCCAGAAGAUCAAGGAUUUCUUUUCAAAUCUUGUGCCCAGACAAGAUGGGGCCUAGGGUCUGCUUUGGCCUGGCUCAGGAUUCUGGACUCCAAAAAAUAAACUCUUGUGGAAGCAGCU